AUGAAUUUUGCUAAAUCCAUUUGCCGAUGUGCCUGCCUUUGUUUUGGUUAUUCAAAACAAAACACAGUCCAGCCAAAUAUUGAAACAAAGGAGCCUGAAUGCAAUGGUAAUGAAUCUUAUGAUUCUUUAAGCAGCAUCAGGGCUGAAAUCGGAGAUAAUGGCAUUCCAAAAGAAAAGGAAAAGUAUUAUGAAAAAUUAUGUGGAGUUUUAGUGCUUAAAGAAGAGCCCAAGAGGCAAAAUAUUGCUAAAAAAAAGGAGAACAAAAGUUUGAUAAAAGAAAUAUCAAAAAAUAGCGCUUCUCCGUCAAAUGAAAAAAUAUCAGCCACGCGGAUGAAAUUACUGAGUUUGUGUAAGGAUUAA